UUUCACAGUUGAAUAUUUAAACCUUUAUAUCAGAGAUAAAAAGCUGUGAUAAAAUGUUGACACGGAUUUUCACUCAAAAGUAUUUUUUAUGAAAAGACGUAGCUGUUUGCAUCAGCUACUUAAAUUUAUAUUUAUGUGCACUCUCAAGCGCGCAGUUUGUGUGCGAUGUUUUUAUCGGCUUUAUUAGUUUUUGUAAAAUUUUUAUCCUCACUGUCAUUAGACUUCAGUACUUCGUUAUCAAUCUUGGAUGGUGACUCAUGGAUUUUUACAAGUUCAAAAACUAUUUAUCUUGGACGACCUUUAAAGCUGCGAUGUUCAGCUACCAGUCCGGAUAAUAUAACCAUCAGCCGCAAGGAGUAUGACAGAAAUGUAACGACACAACUAGUGACGAAAUUUGGGAGCGAAGUUCAGUGGGAAAUCAGCGAAACUGGGUUCUCUGAAUCUGGUGUUUAUGAGUGUAUCUCUAGAGGGAUCUCAAAUAUUCUUACAGUCUACAUAUAUUCAAUUAUUGGAACAAAUGAUGUCACUGUGCCAACAAUAGAAUAUCUAGAUGAAAUAGGAAGUUUUAACUUCACAAGAAGACAGCUGGAUGACAAUACAUUUCUAGAUAUGGACCGCAAUUGGAUGUCGUGUACAUGUGUUGUUGGGAGUGUAAAGUUAUUAGACAUUGUCACUGUCACUUGGAAAGGAGGCCUUUUUGGUGAUUGGUCAGUUAACCAUAGUCAAAUAAACCAAGUUUAUUCUCGGAUAACAACAAGAGACCCAUCGAUUAGAGCCAUUAGAGCCCGUCUUCGGCUUAAUUUGCCGCUUCUUGAUCAACGAAUAUUUGGUCAAUAUCAGUGUUUAUUUAGUUUUUCAAAAUCAGAAUAUGCUGUAGCAACAGUCCAUUUAAAUGUACCUCCCAUUUUACGUCUGAAUUAUGAUCCCCCACCGUUGCCUCCGUCUAAUUCAUCUGGUCGUUAUAUGUGUAUGAGUAGUUCAUGUCAAUCAAUUAUUAAUGAAAAUAAUUCAAAUUGGACAAAUGCUUGUGAAAUUGUUGUAGCUUAUCCACCAGUAAAAUCUAAAAAUUUUGCUUGGGCAUGGACACAACCACAAUGGGCAGGUUACAUUAUAAGACGAGUGCAAGAAGUGGGCAAAGCAAACGUACUUUCUGAUUUUUCAAUAUUAUUAAACGAUGGUGAAACAGAUGGAUAUGGACCAUGGAAAGUAUUGGAGCGUAGACGUAGAUUAACUACUAUUAAUAAUGAAAUGAAGAAUUCUAAUCCAGCUAAAUCUGGCCCCAUUCUUUUUUGGUGUUGGGCUAAAAAUGAUAUUGGAGAGACAACAACAUGGUGGCCUGGUCCUGUUGAAAAUUAUGGAUAUUCAAUUUGGUCAUCUGUUUGGUGGCCUUUACUUGGUGUUUCACUUGAAUUAUUUAGUUUAGUCAUAGUAUUUGCAUUUUUCCGUUAUUGCCGUCGACAAAGAAAUCGUUAUGGACUUAAUAAUGACACAACAGAGACUGGAGUUUCAUUUGGUCGUUCACGUUUACUAGACAUAGAUGUAGAUGGAGAUCAAGUUGAAAUGAUGAAAGUGAUUAAUCCUGCAUCUAUAACUACAUCAUCAACAUCAUCUAAUUCAUCAUAUAAUUUGCAUACUCGUGGACCAAUACCUUAUAUACGUUUAUGUAAUCAUAUGAAGGAUAAACAUACCGCUAAUACCACUACUACUACUGCUGCUACUACGGAUAAUCAUGGCAACAAUAACAAUAAUAAUCAUUAUUUAACAAAAGUCAACAUAAAUAAUCCAUUGACCGGUGGUUAUUCAAAUCCUAAUUUAAUUCAAGAUUCAAUAGAUGCUGAAGUUGAUGCUAUGGUGGUCAAUGUACAAAAAUUAUCAAAUGAACAUGAUUUAAAUGCUGAUGAUGAUUAUUUUUGGGAUUCUGAUACUGGAAACAACGAUGAAGAUAAACGAAUUAAAACACGGAGUAAUCAUCAAACACGUGCUUAAUGUUAUAAUUAUAUACUGUACAUGGAAUAAAAAAAUUCACUGAUCAUUUGGGAUAAGAAACUUAAUCAAACAAAAAUAUGACCUAUCAAUCUGAAGUUUCUACAACAGCAUAUCAUGUUCAAAGUAUCCUCAAUCUAUAAUUCAAUAUUCUCGUAUUGUGAUCAUUUUUUGAACUGAAGAACUACAUUCUAAUAAAAUAUACUUUAACUCUAUUUAUAUCUUAAUGGGAUAUUAUCUGUUCAAAUACAAUACGCUUUCAUUCACAUAGUAAUACAGUGUGUGUAUCAUAAUAAUAUUAAUAGUUAUUAUUAUUAUUAUUACUAUUAUUACGUAACAGGAUGAUAUCGAUGGGAUCCGAUCAGAAAAUGAAGUUAGUUCAACUAUAAUUUUUAAAAAAAUUAUUGUUUUAAUUAAUGUUGAAUUCAAAUUCCGCUCAUUAUUGACUAUUUAAUCUUGAAUAUUAUUGCAUUUAUUUAAAUGUAUUAAUGAAUGUAUAUCUUGACUUCUUCAAUUUGAAAUCAUUUCACCAUAAUUGUGCAAUAAAUAGAGAGAGAAAAGAUGUCUUCAAUAAUUCAUUCCUUUAAAAAAAGUAUAUACUUGAAGGCUUAUGUUGUACAUUAUUAUUAUUAUUCUCGUUUUAUACAGACUUAUGUUUUUAUAUUUACCCGCCACCUUUCUGUUAUUAUUUUAAUAAAAUAUUGAUCAUUGAACAAUCUUUAAUUUUAAAGUCUUUAACUGUAAAUUUCCUUUACAUAUUUUAUUGUGAUAUUUAACAUGACCAAAACACCCCUUCUGAUGGCUACUAUUAUUGAUUGUUUACCUGACCUAAUCAUAUCUCUCUCCAUAAUUAUGUUACUUUCUGUUUAAUACUUAUUGUUAAUUGACUAUUUAUUGGUGUCUCUUUAUUGUUUUCUUUCUUUUUAGUUCUCAAAGUUUUAUCAAAUUUUACAUUUUUCAACUGGAUUUCAAUAUGUAUGUAUAUUUGUUUGUUUGUGUGUGUGUGUGCGUCUGUAUUUCCUUUCUUUUGUGUUCAGAUUUAUGCUAUGAAUGUUAAUAAAACCAUUGAUAGUG